CUAGUACCAGUGUAGGCAUUAGAGUCUCGGAUCGCCUACUGAGUGUGUGAAUGUGUCUAAGUUUUGUUUCGAGUACUUCUCUCUCUCACUCUCUCCUUCUCUCUCACACACUCUCUCUGUCAUUCUUCUCUCUUCCUCUCUCCAUUUGUGAAGAUUGAAGGCCCCCCCAAUCGUUUCACUUUCGUCUCGUGGAUUCGCGCUCACCAUCGUCACGUUAACCGUCGUUACGUCGGGACGAAAUCGCAGAAGGUCAAAGAGCGCUUGCUUAAUCGAGACCGCAAUGCCGCAGUGGACAAUAAUUGCUUACCGCCAAUCUCUCUAUUAGGUACGGUUGUUUCAGCCGAAUUUCAUUGGACAGACGCACAGUAAAUGAACAGACAUCUUGUUGUCAGACGGUACAAAACAUCUCUCGAUUAAAUAGUUCUUGUGGUGAGCUUCGGUCAGCGUUGCGGCUUAAUCCGCCUGCGAAAAAGCCUUUAGGAUGUAAAGGUCAUCGUCGUUCUUUGGAACGGUGAUCUGGGCCUUUGUAGGCCGGUGUACGAUGGAGUUUGGUCCAUUAAUCGUUGGCCUGGUGUCGACGUUCUUCUUAGCUGCUGGCCUGCUCUGGCGCUAUGGCCAACCCGGAAGGCAUCAUAUGGCUGUUACGGCCAGUGUCUUCCUCGCCUGGUACUUCUCUAUGCUCAUCAUUAUUUUAAUGCCACUAGAUGUUUCAUCGACCGCGUAUAAGCAAUGCUUGACGUAUCACAAUCUGUCGGCGGUACCACCUCAUGAAGCUCACGGACCUCAUGCUGCAGCUCUCACUUUGCAGCUUCGAGCUUAUGCUGGACCGGCAAAUUUUAGCGGGAAUGAUUCUACGGCGUUCGACGUGAGGACCAGUACGACAAGCUCUAUGCACCAAACGAACGAUCAAGCAAACGGAUCUGUUAUAACAAGUAAUCGCAGUCCAUCGCAAGUAGUCGUCAAUUCAACUUCGUUGGGAGCAGGACCAACCGAGAGCAACGCGUCCCCUGCUGGGAACGUAACAAAUCCACCGUACGCGUUGCCGGUGGACCCAACACAUCCAGCAGGACCAUUACAUCCGGUUUUGCCUUCGUCGUCCAUCCUCCCACAUCCCAUUAACGAUUUUUGCCCGAAACCCUGGAGUCGCGUUCCGGAUGACGCGUUUCCUGUGCUUUGGAGAAUUGUCUACUGGAGUUCACAGCUUCUUACGUGGAUAAUUCUUCCACUAAUGCAGUCAUAUUCGACCGCCGGAGAUUUUACUACAUCCGGUAAACUGAGGACCGCGCUUUAUGAAAAUGCAAUCUACUACGGGACGUACCUUUGCAUCUUCGUUGUGCUCCUUGUUUAUCUCAUCAUUAACGGCAUUGGUCUGGACGGGGGGAAGCUCAAAGUACUACUAAUUACUGCGUCAAACACGUGGGGUCUUUUUUUGCUAGUCCUACUACUGGGUAGCGGAUUGGUCGACGUGCCCCGUACAAUGUGGAAUCUCUCCCGAAAAGGCUAUACACUAAGGUAUCUUUAUUUCAAAGCCGCAAAAUUGUCAAUGGAAAAAUGUGAAACCGAAGAGAGGCUGGAUGACGCUAUUGAGGAGCUUCGUCAGGUGAACAACUGUAUCACUAUGGGCAGCCCCUUGAGGCGGUACGUCGACGUGAUAAUUUCCCGGAUUCCCCGCGCUAAAUGGGAGGAUACUCGUCGCAAUCGUACCACAGCUUCGGGCGCGAGUGUCUCAGAGAAAAGCCUCGUUAGAUUACAUAAGCAGGUAAUCAAAGCAAUGCAGGGUGUCAAUCGAACACAGGUCCAAUGGGAUCAGUUGCUUGCAGACAUACUUUACUGGGAGGACAUUAGCAAAAAUGAGGCUAAUGUAGAGCGACGUUUCAAAAGCUCGCUCGACUAUCGGCCUCGAGGACAGCUGACGAAGAUGUUCUGCACUCCGACCGUGGAAUGGUAUUGGCGAUGCCUACUCCGAGCCGUACUGCUUCGAGCAUUGGCUGUCAUAUUCGCCGGCUUCACUAUUCUGAUCAUGUUCUCUGAAGUGACGUUCUUUAUUCGCAAACCGCUAAUUUCCGUUGUCGGUAUUAUUCACAGCUCGCUCGAAACGUCGUUUAGUUAUUUUGGUCUUGAGGUUUUCAGUGCGACGACGCUGGGCUACCUGUGUCUUUGCACGUAUUACACGCUGUUCAAAAUCCGUAUCUUCAAUCUCUACUACCUUGUACCGCAUCAGCAGACCAGCGAAUAUUCUCUCAUUUUCUCUGGGAUGAUGCUGUGUCGGUUGACGCCGCCAUUAUGCCUAAACUUUUUGGGCAUGACCCACCUAGAUCAACAUAUUUCGCGAGAGCCGGACCGGGUCGAAACGGCUUACACGAAGAUUAUGGGCCACAUGGACGUGAUAUCAAUCGUUUCAGAUGGUUUCAACGUGUACUUUCCCAUGCUGAUCUGCGUUCUCGGUGUAGCCACGUACCUGAAAUGGGGUUCAAAAAUUGUUCACGCAUUGGGCUUUGAGCAGUUCCUUGCCGAUGAUGAUCUUACGAUCGAUUUGGUUGACGAAGGACGUGACCUUGUCAAAAGAGAAAAGAACCGUCGGCAACGCCAGCUGGAGAACGAGAUUCGGCGACGUCAACGGUUGCAGACAGCUCCCAGCCAGGAAUUUAGUCCUGGCACUUUAGGAGGGGGCGGCGUCGGUGGAGGCGGAGGUGCAGGAUCCGCGACAGGAGAGCCACGCAACGGUCGUCCCGCCUUAAACGGCAACGGGUCUAUGGAAAGCGCGCGUGCCGAGCUACUGGCCGGAGUCGGGGAGACUCCUGACUACAAUUCCAGGGAUCCACUCUCGCCUAUGGAUACACAUUGGUCGGCGUCCAGACUACAACCACCGAGAAAUAUAUUUGACGAUGUCUGAAGUAUCGCCCCUUCAAACGACAAGAACUUUCUUUUGAUAGUAGCGGUAUCAGCGAAAAUGAAAUUUUUCAUUUCCACACCUGUGUGAGGGGAUAUGCGGCGUUUAAGUUCUACUUAGUUUCCCUAUAUAAUCUCUCGUGGUUUUGAGGAUUCUUACUGGCUGCUGACACGUACGUAUGACAGUGAAACGUUAAAAUGAGAGGUUGUUUUCAAAACUGAUAUCAAUCCCUGUCUUUUCGCCUACAUGAUUCAAACUUAAGACAAAAGCGUCAGGUCGUGUUAGCAACUAACGGCCGUGGUCCUGCUGCACUAUAUGGUGCUAAUACGGAUAAUACCAAAUGAUAAUAAGAUGUCAAUUUGAAGCGUGUGUCACGCGCCGAAAUAAAUACGAAAUUGAUGAAGCUACGUAACGCCGAACAACCACAAAUGCUGUCACUCUCGAAGAAGAAUCGGCAACACACGUUAGUCUACUAUCGCUCAACGAAGAUCGUCGACAGAUUCGAUGAUCGGCUUACUGUGUUCACUACCCUGUCAACUGUGUAGCUUGAAGACGCUGUUCAUGGAAUAAGUAGAGUUAUUCCUCACUAACGAAUGCCGUAAUAUAAUCUCGUUCAUCGACACGAGAGCUUGUUUUCUUCACUUCGACUAUGUUACCAAUAUGCGUGGGCAUAUUUGGGUAGGCAAAAUGCUUUACACGAUAGCUAUAUGACAGGAAUAUCGUAAUGCAGUGAAGACAUUCUCUGCGUUGCUAAGAAAGAUCUGUAAUACUCUGCUAAAUUUAGAUUCUUCUCUUUUAAAAAUAUAUCGUAUAUCACUCAGUAAUAUGUAGUAGAUGAAUUACCUAUCGCAUGGGCUCAUUGCGACGAGAAAGCGUAAGGUUACAGCAGGCUCCAGCCGCCUCUCCUGUAACUCAAUGAGAUUUCCGAGUGUUCUUGUUCCACAUUUACAAUAUUAUCAUUUCGACACGAUACCACACGUAUGCUCAUACCAUCAGAUACCAUGAUCUUGCGGGAAUGUUCGGAAAUGCCUUACGGUGGAUACAAUCAUCAAAGGAUCUAUGAUGUUUGUUAAUACACGAAGCUAAUAUUACGGAGCGUUACCAUAUUUCUCUGACUUGCCUGUACGUAUUCGUGACACGGACUACUGUUUUGACUAAAGACGAUCAGAAGGGAAAGACAUUUUCUGGCGUCAUUGUAUAGAUACUGUGCACGACCGAAAUUUAGAAUGAUUGGCCUGAAAGCAAACAUUGCCUUUGAUUGUAUACUUCAUCGUAUUGCUCGUAUAGAAAAAGGACCAUAAAUGGCUUUCUUAGCGAGUCAAAGUGAUGCGCGAAUAAGGAAGGAAUGUCUAGCAAAAUUCUAUAACAGAGACCCUUAUGCGUUUUGAAGCAAUGCAAAUUGUACUAAACGUUUAGAAACUAGCGAGUCCAGUAAAAAUUAGGGUAGGGUUUUUUUUAACUAAACGAGAGGCACGCGUGGAGUUCUGUUUUAGCCAUCCCGUAGCAUUGCAAGUAUUAUGAAUUUGGUAUGCUCGACGUAUCAACGCUCUCUGUCUGUUUGCGUCAAAUUGACUUACCCAUACGAUCCUUUAAUGCUUCUUGAUGAGCGGACAAAUCUCGACUACAAAGAAACAGCUGUUCUACAAGUCGAUGAUGUACGGGACCCGACUUCAGAAUGGUGACAGCAGCCGAAAUCACUGUUUUGCUUUGUCCGAGUCAACUCUGACGGUAUACAAGCAUAGCAAGACUAAAACAAGGGAAACUGAAACUCGUAAAUGCGUAUUCCUGGCAAGAUUGUAGGUGGUACAGCAUGUGUGCUGGAAUAAAUGGAGCAGCGACGACGUCGUCAGUGUUGACAAGGGAGAGUGUACAGAUAGGGGAUUUUGUAAUAUAUUAUAUAUACUCAUAUUCUAUUUGUAGUGUUAUCUUUAUUAUGCUAUACUGUAUUUUAUGGGGCCAAUCAUACAAACGAUACGCUAAUUUCUAGCAGUAAAAGUUGCAGGGAUUUAGCGGGAUACAUUUGCUCGCGCAGGUACGUUACCUUAUCUGCUUAGCCUAAUAAAGUUUUUACCAUCAUAUCCGUUUACUAUUAUUACGAACGUCAUUAUCAUACUCUUACCGACACUGAACUAUGUGAUAAAUAGAAAACAGCAAUGAGCUGAAUUGGUUCGUUAACGGCGCAAAAUCAAAGCAGCUCUUUUGUAAAGGACAUAUGGAAGGUUAACAAAAGCCAUGGGAAAAAGACAAGUAGCCCAGCUCACGCAUCUGUAUAAUGUGUACGUAAGUGCUGGUGCGUAAGGCUAAGUAUAAGAAGCAAACAGAAUGGGGACGUCGUGCUCGACUAAAGAAGCGACGAUCAGAAAUAAUUUUUAUUAUGAUGAUGUGGAAAAUUAUAGGACAGUUUUCCAUCUGUGUCCUAUCCGAUAUACUUCGAGUUGUGAUGGAAAAUAGGACGACUGUGCUAAUGAUUAUCGAUGACGUAACGACGCAAAUCGUACUGUAAUUUGCUCAGUGGUAAACUUCGAUACAAAUUGAAUGUUUCAUUUAGCAUCUCUCGUACGGACCGGGAACCGCAAAAAUUGUUUCAAAUGAGAAAUGUUGAAUUAAUAUCUAUUUGUAUAUGCGUCCCCUUUGCUUUAGCCGUAAAAAUGAGCUACCAAACCUGUCGAAACGACGCUGAGUUUCAGAUUAAGGAAUGACCUAUCCGUCUGCGCAAGUGCAAAGUGUCCUCUAGACCUACCGAAUCGCAGACGACGUGAUCCUGAAACGACGAAGUAGUUAUCAUCCAGUUUUUCUAUAAUAUAAAAAUGUCAAAAUUGAUGAACGCUUUAACUGAGCUUAAAAAUUAAGCAAAAAGUGAAAUAGUCUUACCAUCGUGUAGUAUAUUAUUGUAAAUGUAUUGGGAUAGGGCGUUCUAAGGUCCGUCAAUGUACUUGGAUAGUUUUUAAACAAGUGAAUACCGACGCCAUGGUAAUGUUAGGAUAUCGCAAUGAUUUCCGUUCUGUAAGAUACCUUGUGUGAGAUUUCCACUCAGAGAAAAAACGGUCCGUCAUAUAUAUAUAUGACGGACCGUCUUUUCUCUUAUAUCGUAUAUAUAUAUAUAUAUAUAUGAUAUAAGUUAAACGGCUAAACGUAAGUUAAACGUAAAUGUACACGUAGAGAAAGGCCAUUUGGUAGUGUCGUAUAGUUGUAUCAUGGGCAAUGACUUAGCAAAAAAAAAAAGAACGACGAGGAAAGUAAACCUUACGUGUCAUGUAGGACUUUUUCCACAAGCAUAAUUGAGAAGCAGUAGCCACUCGGAGAGUGCUGACGCCAUAUCUGAGUUUCGCUGAAGAAAAUAAAUUUACAAGAGCCUUUGUUAGUCAGGUGAA